AUGUCUCAUGAGGUGGCCGAGGGGCCGGCUAAAUGGACGCAGGUCGAUAUUUGCGACUUGAGUAAGGCCGUUGUCCUGACUCACUUUCGGGAAAUUACGAAAACGCCCAUCCUACAGCCCAACUUCUCCAACGAGGCGAACUCUCCCUUGCGCCAACGGGCCAAAUGCAUACAAAACUGCUCCCCUGUGGGUUUGACACUGUGGAUCAAGACGAACGAGCCGCCGUCUGAGCUUGUGCGACAGCAGGCUGACAGCCCAGAUGAAAGCAUCAAGAUGGUUCUUCGCACACACGCCCAGUGCCCACACAUUGACCCUCCAGCAGCAGCAGCAGCAGCUUCUUCUUCUUCUGCGCAGGAAGACGGUUGCCCGCCGCUGCGGGAGCUUGCGCAUAUUGACAUCUCUCGUAAACGGCGACCUAGCAAGGCAGAGGCGAUACAGUUCGACACCACCACUGUGAACAAGGUCGUUUUACUGAAAUUCCUUUGGGAAGGUUCGAAACAAAUCGAAGCACCGGACGAGGUGUUCGACGUGGGCCAGGCCAUCGACGCGGUGCGAGCUCCAAUCCACUCUUUCUGUGGACGAGGCAUCCACUGCGAUAUCUCGUGGAACAGAGCAUCUGGCACAUACUACGAUGAGCAUGUCGCAAGGGAGCCCGCCCGGUCGACUUUCCUAGGCGCGCUGUAUCUCGCACAUUCGGUCUCGCGGCUUGCCCGCUGGCGCGCGACCCAUCCCCGCCCUACAAAGGUCAAUAUUGAGGGCGUGGAUAAGGCCUACCUGCUUCUGGUUUUGGUUGCGCUCCAAACGCCGGUGACGGACUGGAGGCUGCUCGAUGAAGCCGAAGCGGCAAAGGUAGUCGACGGGUAUAUCGAGUCCUUCUGUGGGGAGACCAUCAAGUGCGAUAUCUCCGGUGACGAGGCAGACCCCCGUGCUUAUGAUCAACAUAUUAACAAGGAUGGCGCCUUUAAUCAGGCGGUGGGCCUGGCUGAACGCGUAUAUUUCGAUCCCCUGACAGUGUCCUCUCGAGAAUUUUCCAUCAAUCGUGUUGACACUGCUGCGAGCUUAGUGGAGGAGGUCGAGCUUGAGGUUUCCAGACGCAUGGACAGUAGACAAGAGCAAGACGGCGAGGUGUCGGAGUCUAUGGCCUCUCUAGCAAUCCGCCUGCGUUCUCCCUCGCAGGAAGAUGAAGGUUGA